AUUACGCAUUCUGUCGUCUGCUGAAUUUCUGGUCAGUUCGUCCCCGCCGGAAUGCUUGGAUAAAAGUCUUGCGCUUUGUCCUCAUUUGAUAACUGACACUGCGGGCUUCCACAGCGAUUUACUUUAUGCUGGUGUUGUUGAAACGUGGAAUCAGUAACAACAACAACGUUUGUUACUAUCCACCGGCGGCAUGAGGCAGACUUUUGACUUCUAAUUUUUUUUUUUUGUUCAGAAUUGUAACUACGAGCACAAUAGUAUCAGUUUUAGAUAAUGGAUGCUAAACAGUUGCGAGAGGAUGGAAAUGCCCUGUUUAAAGAUGGGAAGUUUGAGGAAGCCUUAGCCCUCUACACAAAGGCCAUUAACAUAUCCCCAUUGAAGGAAUCUGAGAAAUCAGCUAUCUACAAAAACAAAGCAGCAUGUGAGCUGAAACUGGAGCGCUAUUCAGAGGCAGUGGACGAUGCGUCAAAAGCCCUGGAGAUAUCUCCUGAUGAUCCAAAGGCCUUGUUCCGGCGUAGUCAGGCCUAUGAGAAAUUAGGCAAGGUUGAAGAGGCAUAUAAAGAUGCUGUGCAUUUGGUCAAAGUUGAACCCAAAAAUACAGCUGUUAAACCAAUAAUUAAUCGCUUGGGUCCAAUCAUUCAAGAAAAGAUAAAAGAACAGAACAGCACAGCCUCUAAGGUGACACAGAUGUUUAACCUAGCAUUUGACAGCAGCAUUCAGGAUAGGGAAAAGAGACUGCAGGCUGCUAACAAUCUGGUGGUUCUAGCCAAAGAUGAAGCCGGUGCCAACAAAAUUAUGCAGGAAAAUGGCGUGGAGAAAUUAAUACAGAUGGCGGUGGAAAAAGACACGGAGUUAGUUCAGACAGCUGUGAGGGCGCUGGCAUGUCUGGCAGAGAAAAACAGGACAAGAGCUGAAAUCAUUUUGACAAAGGUUGGGCUGAGAAAUCUCUGCGCUCUGAUUGGUCAGGCGAAUGAGGGAGUUUCCACGGCAGCCAGCACACUUUUACAGAACGUUCUUACAGCAGUAUCAGGUUUUCACAUCCACCAGGAGAAAAUGGAGAAGUGGGAGGAACAGAAAAGGCAGGGUGGUAGAGAGCCCCGACCGCAGUUUAGAAUGGAUGAGGAAACCCAAAAACUGGUAGAUGAGAUUUUCCAAGCGUUGACAAAGAUGCUCAUCCAUGGGAAAGUUUCGGCCAUAGGGAGGGAUUCAGCCAUGGAGCUAAUCAUCAGAAAUAUACCCCGACUGACGAAUAUCGGCUGGACAAGACAGUUCCUGGAGUCUGAUGGUAUAAGCCAUCUUCUGACUAUUGCGGGCACGUUCAAGCAUGACAAGACGCUAGCGGUGACGGACAAGUCUCGAAUGCAUGCCUCUCUGGCACUGUCGAAAAUCUUUGAGGACACUGUGAGUGAUCGAGAGAGAGAUAUCUUCAAGGAAAAGUGCACCAAUUUUCUCAAAGAACUGUUUGCUGAGACUACCAUGGAAUCCAAACUGGAAGCCAUGGAGACCAUAUCAACAUUACUUCAGGGUCCUAAUGAAGUUGGUCAGAUGAUGCUAGGGAUAAGUGGAGUGACAGAAAUCAUGAUCUUACUGCUGAAAAGUGAAAACCCUUUGUAUCAGAAAGUUGCCGUGGAAACUGUGGUUCACUCCGCCACAAAAAAGGACAAAUGUACUGGAAUCCUGAAGGAUGUAGUCCCUGUGCUGAAGACGAUUUAUCAGACGACAUCAGACGACCAUGUCAAAGUGCGCGCCCUGGUGGGCAUGUGUAAGCUAGGAUCAGCUGGAGGCACUGACGCCAGCUCUAAGCCCAUGGCAGACGGAUCAACUCUGGCUUUAGCUAAGGCAUGUCGCAGAUUUUUGACCAAUCCAACCAAGGACAUAGAUUUACGGAAGUGGGCCACAGAAGGGUUGGCGUAUCUCACACUGGAUGCUGAUGUGAAGGAAGAGUUGAUAGAAGAUGCUGAUGCUCUAAAGUCACUGAUGGAACUGUCCAAGGGUCAUGACAAGAUGAUUCUCUAUGCCUCCAUCACAGUCUUUGUCAACCUCACAAAUAGUUACGACAAACAGGAUGUCAUGCCUGAGCUCGUAGAACUGGCCAAGUUUGCCAAACAGCACGUUCCAGAGGAGCAUCCCAAGGAUUCUAUGGAGUUUAUUAAGGAGAGAAUCCAGAAAUUAGCCAAGCUUGGAGUUGUCAGUGCCCUGGUCAGUCUUUCUACUACAGACAGUAAAAACAGUCGAGAGCUGAUAGCCAGAUUGUUUGUAGCCUUGGCAACAGAAGAGAAUCUCCGUGGUAAUAUUGUGCAAGGGGGAGGAGCUAAGGCCCUGAUUCCUUUAGCUCUGGAUAACACGGACAAUGGAAAAGUCCUGGCUGCUCACGCCUUGGCAAAGGUUGCCGUGACGAUGAAUCCGGAGAUUGCUUUUCCAGGACAGAGGAUGUUGGAGAUCGUGAGGCCAUUGUUACAGUUGCUUCAUCCAGACAGAUCUGGUCUGCAGAACUUCGAGGCUCUGCUAGCCUUAACCAACCUCUCCUCCGUCAGUGAAUCUGUACGCAAGAGGAUAAUCUCAGAAAAGGGUUUUGGCCUGAUAGAAAACUACAUGUUUGAAGACCAUGACGAAAUCAAGAGAGCAGCCACUGAGUGCAUGUGCAAUAUGGUCAUGAGUGAAGAGGUCGCAGCACACUUUAAGGGAGCAAAUGAUCGCAUAAAGUUGUUAGUUCUCUACGCUCAGGAAGCUGAGGACUUAAAACUUGUGCGUGCGGCGGCAGGUGCUUUGGCUGUUCUGUCCAAGGAACCAGAAAUCUGCCAGAAGAUUGUCCAGGUACAGAGUUGGCUGGAGAUGUUACAAGGGUUGGUGGUGAAUGAACAGACAGACAUCCAACACCGAGGCUGUCACCUUCUCAUGAACAUGAUGGAUAGUGGAGAAGACGUCGCAAAGAAAAUUGUUGAAACGAACUUGCUCGAAAUCAUGAUGGCUCUGUCCAAAUCGGAUGGCCCAGAAAAAAAACCCAUUCAGCAAUGUGUGAAUUCAGCACUGGAAACGGCUGUGAAUUUAAAACUGAUCAAACCCUUUAACUAGAAAUCAUCGUGCCAGCUCUUUCAUUGUUGAAACUCAUUUGUAGUGUAGACCACAACAACAUUUUACUUGUACAUAUUUAAAGGACUGCAUUCGAUUUCAUUUGUUUUAGAAGUAUCGUAUUUGUUCGUGUGUUUUGAAGGAAAUUGACCUUGACAGUUGACCUUGGUGAUUUGAAUGUUCAAACAUUGCAGUUUGAAUUUUGAUACAUCUGUUUCAUAAAAUGUCGUCAUUUUAUUAAAAGUGUCUUUCUUUAUGUGAGCAUUAUGCUGUGCAUGAAUGUAGGUCUGGUUUAAUGUCACAUUCACAACAAAAAAAAGAUGC